AUGGCCGUAAACAGCAUGAUAGCCUCCCUUCUGGUGCUAAGGCCGUUGAUGACAUUGCACCCCUACUAUUUAUACAGCAGCGCCUCCAAUGCUGCGGGCAUUCAAGCUGCUGUCGGUUCAGUCGUUACCGUCAUAGUCGACAGCCAUCGCAUCACCGAGUUCAUCAUGGGGACCAACGAAAUCGGCCUGACCAUCAAUCUCGAGGAUGGCAGCAUCGAGUACGAGACAUUCCUGAGCCACAAGCCCAAUGCCGCAGGGAGACCUCAAGGUGAAACCUCUAUUCGGAGAGACAAGUUCGAGAAUAUGUUUCGCCGGGGGUGA